CGCUCAAGGGAAAGAGAAGGGAGGGGGCGCGUGUAAGCAGGGGGAGAGACGAGCUCGCCUUCAUGGCCGAGAAGGGCAAAAUCAAGAGCUAGAUCAAUAAUUCAGUCGAAUCUUUUCAACAAUAAGUAACUAAAGAGCCUCAAAUCCCGGGCUGAGUCAUCCAGUCCAGUUCGAGCAGGAAGACGGCACUUUUCUGAAGGGCUUAAUUAUACGGGAGGCAACGAUCCUCCUUAAAAACUACAGAGAGAUCGAGACCUUGAUACCAGUAGGCAGGCAAAGUGGAAGGAAGGGAAACAAGACACGUCCAAUUUUCUUUAGAAAUAAAGUCGCAUUUGGAAAGAACUCUUUUCUUUUUUUAAACCUGUUAUAGUUAUGCUGAUGUUCUUAAGAGACUCAAUGAUUUGGCUCUACAGGGAGUGAAUUUUACAUUCUUAUACGUGGGAGGUUUGGGAUGGUUCUUCUUUUUUUAAAUCCCACAGUCCUGUUUCGAGAAAAAAAGAUCAGGGCUUGCUUAAAAUAGAAUCAAAAUCCAAACCGCCAGCUACUUCCGUCUUCAUCUGAGUGCGUGUGAAAUCGAAGGUAUCAGUUAUACUAUUGGAAACAAGACAGGAAGGGACAGAGCAAGUGGGAACGACGACUAGGAAUAUUUUUUUAUUAUUAUUAUCAUUAUUUCUCUCCUGCUUGCACCUCGGACAAUGUACCAGGACUUCCCGGCAAAUUUUGAUACCUCCUCUCGGGGCAGCAGCAGCUCUCCAGGGCAUCCGGAAACUUACUCGAGCAUCACAACUCAACAGAAAUUCCGGGUCGAUAUGCCAGGAUCGAGCAGCACAUUUAUUCCUACUCUGAACGCGAUAACCACCAGCCAAGACCUACAGUGGAUGGUUCAGCCCACUGUGAUAACCUCCAUGCCAAGUGCCUACUCUCGCUCACAUCCCUACAGCCAUGCACUGCCCAAUCUAUCUUCAGUUACUGGACACACAGCCCUACAGAGACCUGGUGUUAUUAAAACCAUUGGGACCACCGUGGGCAGGAGGAGAAGAGAUGAGCAGUUGUCACCUGAAGAAGAGGAGAAGCGAAGAAUUAGAAGAGAAAGGAACAAAUUAGCAGCAGCUAAAUGCCGUAACAGGCGCAGAGAGUUGACUGAGAAACUUCAGGCAGAAACAGAGGAGCUGGAGGAGGAGAAAUCAGUGCUGCAGAAGGAGAUUGCUGAACUAGAGAAGGAGAAGGAGAAGCUGAAGUUCAUGUUAAUGGCUCACAGCCCCAUGUGCAAGAUCAGCCCCGAGGAGCACCGAACCCCUCCACCCCAUAACCUCCAGGCCCUGCGGACUGGAAUGAGCGGUGCUGUGGUGGUGAAGCAAGAGCCUGUGGAGGAAGAGAUCCCCUCUUCCUCUUCUGAUCCUGAAAAAGGGCAGAGAUCUGUCAUUAAGCCUAUCAGCAUUGUUGGGGGGUUUUAUGGAGAAGAGCCACUCAACACACCCAUUGUGGUGACUUCAACUCCUGCUGUCACCCCUGGAACAUCCAACUUGGUCUUCACCUAUCCCAGUGUGCUGGACCAGGAGUCACCACUCUCCCCAUCAGAGUCCUGCUCCAAAGCCCACCGGAGGAGCAGCAGCAGCGGGGAUCAGUCCUCUGAUUCCUUGAACUCUCCAACUCUGCUGGCACUGUAACCCUUUAGCCACCACUCCACCCAGUUACUCUUGGGGGGAAAGCCCCACCUCAAGAUCAGAGACAGCACAAUGGCAUUCAAGCACAAGGCCAAGAAGAGCCAGGAAAGGAAAUGAUGUUGCUCCAGAUAUUUCCUGAGACAGGAAGAAUAGAACAAAUGAAAGCCAGAUCGGAGUGGAGUUGGUGAGCAGCAGUCACAAUCCCAGGACCCAAUGGUGAGGGGUUUCCCUCACUCACCAAGUACUACAGUGGAUGUGACCGUCAGUAAAUUGCUAGCCAUUUUCCUGUUAGGCUGAUGAAUGGACUGUCUGACCUGGCUCCUCCUCCUGCGCUAAGUAGUACAUUCCAGUUAGUUGAUCUCAUUUGGGCCUUAACAUUUUCUUGAUUUUUGUUGGAUACCAUGACAUUUCGAAAACUCUAAAGGCUUGCUGAACUGUUGCUGAUGUUGAGAGCUGCCUCCUGGGGAUUCUUGCCAUGGUUGGGUGGCUUUUGGUACAUGGUGGAAGUUUUAGGGGAGAAGGGAAAUUUAUUACAGGUCCAAAUGGUUGUUCAAAAGUUACACAUCCAGUGUCUUCAUUAGGGGAUGGGGAAAGUGUUGGGAAACUGGUUAACAAAAGAAGAGUCUCCUUGAAGACAAUAGAGAGCAGUGUGCUGUUUGUGUCUACAAAGGCUGUAUCUGCAACAUACCUUUGUCAGUGAGCCAGGAGUGGUGCCAAGAGGGCUGGGGAAAUGCCAGAGUGGGUUUCCACUAAGCCUUUGUCUCUGGCAUGAAGUCUUCUGUAAUUAGUGUUUGUCAAAUCUGUUGCUGGACCCUAUGUUUUCUUUCCUUUUGGCUGCCAGCCACCUUGGGUGUGAUGCUGCCUCCUCUGAAGUAUGCCAGGCUCACGUGCUGGUGCUGUUUCUCAAUCAAAGCCACCAGCUUCCAGGUUGCAGAUGGUUGCCUUUGCACAGUGCUACCAUUCUUCUCGUGAUUGAUCAGGAAAGGGGAUUAAUUGAGGGAGAAUGUGCAGGAAGCUAGCUGGCAGCUCCCUUGGAGAAUUUUUCCCCUUUGGCUGCAUUUCACUCAUCAGGGCCUGGCCAGGGUUGUGUGUAUUGCUGUCUGAUGGUAUCAUGCCAAGUUGGUCCUUUGCCCCUUUUCUGGUCCUAGAGACAACUGGAGAAAAAUGGACUGUCGCACCUUGCCUCCUGCUGCACUUGGUCUCCAAACUCUUAACUAAAUAUGGCUGUUGAAAAACCUGUGCUCACUACUGAAAAAGGCAGCAUGAUUCACUUCUGUACAUCCCCUGCAGUGCCAAGCAAAAACUUGUUUAAUGUAACUUUACUUAAAGAAUAUGCAGCUUUUUGCAGGGAUGCUCAUAGAUGACUUGGAGAGAGGUUUGCUAGAUCUUCAUGUGGUAGAAGACAGUUUUUACUCUAAAGCCUGUUCUUUGCAAAACACCUCAUUUAGCUCAAGUUAAUGACAAGCAUAUUAAUGACUGGGCUCUGCUUUAAUUUUCUUUUAUGUGAUCUCUGGGUGAACUAGGCGAGGAGGCUGAGGGAUUUUUGACCCCAUUGUGCUCUUCAGAGACCAGCUUUUUGAGUUUGGGCAGGACCAUCUUCAAACCAUGUUAGCUCCUAUAGUGAGCAUUCUUGCCUCCCUCCAAGCUUUGCCUUAACAGCUCCACUGAUGUCAGUGACCACAUUCCUGUUUAUUUUUAAUGCAUCUGGAUCACAGCCAUAUUUAAGAAUAUAAUGCUAGGCUAUUGGUACAUAGAGUUUCUAGCUAAUGAAAGUUUUUAGAAUGAUCUAGAUUGUUUUUUUUCCAAUAAGAAAAGUCAGAUUCAGUGACCUGAAUGAAUUCCAGGGAAUUUGAGUACUGUAAAGGUAGUGUUUCUUUCAAGUGGAGCUCAGCCCUUGGUUAUUUUGUGGACAUGUCUGUGUCAUUUUCUGGACAACAAUAGUGGCUUGCCUUCUUCAAGGAUGGUUUUGAACUCUCCACUCUAAUCUGCAACCCAGGUUUCCCUAGAGGUCUCCCAAAUCCUGACUAGGUCCAUCCAAACUCCACUUAGCUUCCAAGCCCAGAAAUGGCUGGUAAAUUUGUAUUAUCUAUUUUUGCCUAUGCUGGCCAUAGGGCGGGAAAUCUGGAUUAUUUCUGGCCACUGGUACUUGAGCUGAGUAUGUCUAACUGCCAAAUAUGCCCUAGACACUAUGUAACACUAUCAAGUUUCUCUUUACAGCAAUAAAAGCCAAACAUUUGCUUAUAGGGGGAAAAAAAGGCUGUACAAACUGAUUUUUCUAGCUGUUAUCUCCUAUAACACACUCUGUUCAUUGAAAUAAUUUAAACCAACCUUCCCAAUUAAUGCCCUACGUGCAACACCACGGUCUGAGCCAGAAGUCGUCUGGCAAACAAUGACAGUUUUUCUCUAAAUGUGUUGAGUUGUGUCAGGUUGAGGAAGGCUGAUGUAAACCCAGAAUAAAAAGUUUUGGCCUCUUCUUGCCAGCGCUUCUCUGCCUUAGUGGGUCAGAAAUAAAACUGUGUCAUGGCCCACUUGGCCCAGUCUCCAUCUUCUUAAGUGUUAAUGGAAAACUAAAGGGUAAAUAAAAUCAAAUAAUCUGACCUGCCAAGCUUGGAAGUUCAAGGAUUAUUGACAGAAGAGGAUGAUAUUCCAUGAAUUUUCUUGUUCUAUUAAGUGUGCAAAUAGCAUAGGUAUACAGUUGCAUGUUGAAUCUAUGAUCUUGCCAUCAUUCUGCAGAUAAACCCGCAGCUAAUACAUGCUUACCAAGGAGUGUUACUCCAGAAAACCUAGAGAAUUGAAGAAAAUACCUGAGUAGUGACCCUUUUGUUCUAGUUCAAUAAAGCAGCAGAUGAUGGUGCUAAGAUCAGUCAGUAGAUGAUAGGGGGAGUUUAUGGAAGAGUUGCCUUUAAAAAAUAUUCCAAGCUUGGGUGAAGGAACAGCAGUCCUAAGUGAUGUUUCUAGAUACCUAGACUUCUGUAAUUGGUUCUGGUAGUAGUCUCAGAUCUCUCUCCAGAUAAUUUUAGCUUGCUUCUUGUUUCUUUUUUAUACCAGUGGGUUUGUAUGCUCCUGUUGGAUGAUGGUUCCUAGCA